UGGUGUUUUUUUUUGCAGUUGUGAUUCUUCCAGUGGCAAGGUCAUCAAAGCUAAAUCCACUGGACUGAUCUGACAUGUGGGUGAACGAUGGACAGGGAGCUAGCAGGGCAACUUACCGACCUCCAUCGACCAGGAGACUUCAACCAGGCGCUUAUGGAACUGGGGUCCGUCCUGUGCACACCCACCUCCCCUUCUUGCUCCUCCUGCCCGCUUGCAAGUAACUGCCAUGCUUUGGCGAGGGUGAAUGCCUACAACAAUCGGAAAAUCCAGAAGAGAGUCGUGCAAGCUCGAGUCACACCACCAUGUGCAAACAUGACCAGGGGAGAGCAAGGAUUAGAGCACGUGGAAAGAGUUAGCGAGCUUUCUGCUUGCGGGGUAUGGACUCCUCGUGAAGUUGGAAUAGAGAGGCCUGGGAACGCAGCUGCGGAAAAACCACCGGCUGUGACGGAUUAUCCUGUUAAAGUCGUCAAGGCCCCGCCAAGAGAAGAACAGGUCGCUGUGUGUGUGGUUGAAGUGACAAUCAGUUCUGAGUCGUCUGACCCGGAACCCACCAAGCAGGAGGCGACACUGCUGAGCGGGGGAGCCAGUAGAGAGGCCGUCCCUUUCAGCACACGAAUCGGACGUUGCAUUACAAGUCAAGGCAAAGGGAUGGAUGCAAGUACCGUUGCCUCAAAUACGCCACUACUGGGCGAUGCUGUUGAUACGCCUGCAAGAAUGACGCCUGCAGAUUGCCAAAAUGAUGAACCAAGCAGUGGCAAGGGAGAUGGUGUUGUGCAUGCUGCUGGCAGCAGUGUCAGCCGUGCUCCGAACACAUGCUCUGGAAAAGCACAAAAAUGCGGAGAUGGUCGAUCGUCGAAGUCGUUCUUUUUGCUCGUGCAGAGAGCCAAGGUUGGCUUGCUUGCUGGGCUUUGGGAGUUCCCAUCUAUACUGCUGCAUCCAAGAAAGGAUGAGGAGCUCAUUGAGUUGCCAAAAGGUGACUCCAAUGCUUGUUCGACUUCCGGCGGAAACUCAAGCAGUCUCGCUAUGAACUCGAUGCCGCCAGCUUCAAAGGACAGCGGCAGAGAUUCUAAGCGAGUCAGAACGAUGCGGGAGAGUGCCGUGGAACUCAUGGAUCAGUUCCUGACAAAUGACUUGGGACUGGACUGCCAGAAUCGUCGACUUCAGCUGCAGAGGAGAGAGGAAGUGGGGGAGAUAACUCAUGGCCACGAGGAUGCAACACAGGCACUCAAUGCCCGUGUACUGGACCUGGAACAGUUUGUACAAGGACCAGAUGCUGGUACGUCCACCAGUGAACCCUCUAGCCGCCAACUGGAGGAACGCGUUGACCACGUAGUGGCGAUGCUCGGCGACAUCAGUGCUUUCGCUGCACCUACCACCAUCAGCAGUCAGCUGCACACCUUGAAGACCGAGGUCCAGCAGCUGCAGUCGACGAACUCGGAGGGCAAUCCUAAGUUGUACAAGAUGCCAACCUUCCAACUCGAGAAGUUCGAUGACUACACGCAUCAGGAUCCGGUCCUCUGGUGGGAAGCAUUCACGACGCAACUUCGGAUCCUGCCAGUCGCCAAGCACGCAUACAUCGGUGCCCUUUUCCUUAACUCAAAGGGCGCAUGCCAGACUUGGUUGACCCAUCUGGCAGCCACUCACGGCGUCGACGUGGUAGAUCUUCGAGACAAGAUCACAUGGGAGGAGUUGACACGGUUGUGGAAGAAGAGGUUCAUCGUCGACGACGCGCCUGCCCUUGCCAUCAACCGCCUCUUCACCAUAACCCAAGGCAACACGGCAACACGGCAACACGAGACUGGCUCACGGAAUGGCAAAAGAUCGCGGCAACGCCGGAUCUGGACUUGCCAUUUACGCAACUGCGCCGAGAGUUCUAGAAUAGGUCAUGUGCUGCACUGAGCCAAGCACUUGGUGAUCGCGAGCAGUACUCAACCUUCGCUGAG